AUGUGUGUGGCCAAAGCUGUGUUCUUCAUACUGGUGCUGCUGGUUUUUGUGGUGAACUCUAUGGGAAAGCGCAGAUGUAAUUACGCGGAGAUCCUUGGCACGUACAGAGGUCUGAUCUACGUAGAGCUGCAGAGUCUGAACGUAACAUCCUCUGAUAACACCUAUAAAGUGAGAAGACUAUGCCCCUCUGUUAAGGCACACCACAUCUUAGGCUCCAUUUACGACACGACGCAGUGGAUGCGGUGUCAGAUCGGAGGAAAACCGUCAGCGCUGAGCCACGUGCUGGAGAGCAUGGAGCAGGUCAUUAUACACAACUGCAGCCCGGAUCAAUGGGGUGGACGUCUUUCUUGCGCCUCUGUCAAAAAAAUAAAAGGAAUGGAAAGAAAGAGGAUACAGCUGAUCAAAAUCAUGAAAGCCCUUACAAUAUGUUGGCAGAAACUUCACAGUGUGUUUCCAGCUAAAUAG